AUGGAGGAGAGCUUCAAGCUGCUGCUGCGGGAGCUGGAGCCUCUGUUCAAGGACGAAGCCGUGUUGAUAGCUGCGUUCCAGGUGGAGAAAUUUGCUACGCACAGCAGUGAUGCAACAGGGGCACAGCUGCUGAAGUCGCUUGGCGGCAAGGUCCGCAAGACCUACCCCCUCAAAUGCCUUCAUGACAUGCGCCUCGUGCGCGGCGGCGGCAAAGAUGGGGCCAAGCAGCAGCAGCAGCAGCAGCAGCAGCAGCAGCAGCAGCAGCAGCAGCAGCAGCAGCAGCAGCAGCAGCAGGAUGGCCCUGGUGGCGACGCGGGCACCCCAGGCGCGCAGCAGCUGCAGCAGGCGCGCCUGGAGCUGCACCUGGCGCAGCACCACAGUGUGGCGGAGCACAGGGGCCAGUACAUCGCCCCCGACCCACAGCACGCCAUGUUUGCCAUGAGCCUUGCGAUACAGCUGCUGCGGCAGCAGGACGCCGUGCUGCCCAGUCUGGGGGGCGUGUCCAUGGACCGCCUGGACGCGUGGUGGAGCGCGCACAGGGAGCUCGUGGCCCGCAGCCUCGCGCCCUUUGCUGCGGAGGUCGUCACGCCCGGCACCGUGCAGAUCAGCAGCAGGGAUGCCCCUGGCGUCCUAGUCAGCGCCAAGGAGGAGGCUGACCUGGAGGAGCUGCUGGGCAUGUUUGCUCUGGGCCUGGGGGAGCCAGAGGAGUUUGCGGCGCGGCUGCAGGACGAGCAUGCUGCGCUGGAGGCGGCCAACGUGUACGGGUUGCUGGAGAGUGGACCCCUGGUGGAGGGUGUGCUGGGGCAGCUGCGGCGGACGCAGGGCAUCCUGGACGAUCUGGAUGAGAGCCUCAAGGUUGUUUUUGACUUCAAGCUGCGCCACAUGCGCGACGACAUUGCAGCCAUCGAGGCCUCAAACAACACCUUGGAGCGCCAGAGCCGCCACAACGCCGCCCUGCUGCAGGCCCUCGACAGGCCACGUCCUGUUUAUGCAAAGCAAGUCAUUAUCGCGGUUUGCCACUGCUAA